AUGUCAGAGAAGGAACACGAUGAAACGCCUGUCAUUGCCGAGGGGUCGGCUGCAGCGCACGAGGGCAGCAACACUGACCCCAAUGGGAAGGAGGGACGCACAAAUUACAUCAAGACGGACCUAGGCGAGUUGAACGUGAUUGAGUCCAUGUGCCCCAAGUGCCAGGAGAUGGGCACGACGCGCCUCAUGAUCACGAGUAUUCCUCACUUCAAGGAGAUCAUCGUCAGCAGCUUCGAGUGCCAGCACUGUGGUGAGGCCAAUAACGAGGUCGCGUUUGGAGGCACUUUUGGGCCCAAGAGGGUCCGCUACGAGUUGCAGGUGCAUAGUAAGAAGGACCUGGACCGGCAGGUGGUGAAGUCGGAGUUCGCCACCAUCACCAUCCCUGAGCUAGAGCUGGAGAUUCCGCCGGAGUCGCAGAAGGGCAACCUGAAUACCGUCGAGGGCAUCUUGGAGCAGACAUAUAACGGCCUUCAACUUCAGCAGCCGCUGCGCCGGAUUGAGCAUCCGGAUGUGUACGAGAAGAUCGAGGCCUUUUGUGCGAAGUUGGAGUCCUUCCGGAGCGGUGAUGUCCCCUUCACCCUCACUCUCGACGACCCAGCAGGUAAUAGCUACAUUGAACCCAUCCAUGACUACUACCACCCAACUCUCGACCCUCAGCUCACCAAGUACGAAAGGGAGCGCACCGAGAUUGACCGCCAGCUGCUCGGCAUCGCCAUCGACUACAAUACGGAGCGGACGCAGGAGGAGGAGAAGGACGUGGAGGAGGGCCAGUUCAGCGACGUGACGCAGAUCCUGUGUGACUGCCCUGCUUGCCGCAGGCCCGGGUAUCUCAUGAUGCAUGAGUGUGAUAUUCCGUACUUCAAGCAGACAAUUAUCAUGGCCUUCAAGUGCGAGUACUGCGGCUACAAGAGCAACGAGAUCAAGGCGGGCGGCGAAAUCAACGCGAAGGGGCUGCGGCUCACUCUGCACGUCAAGUCGGAGGCGGACCUCAAGCGUGACGUGCUCAAGUCCGAUACGGCCACGCUGAUCAUCCCGGAGGUGCGCCUUGAGCUGGCGCCUGGCACAUUGGGCGGCUUCUUUUCCACGGUCGAGGGCACCAUCACUCAGGUGCGCGACCAGCUCAUCAAUCUACCUCAGGCUGCCUUUGCCGCUGGCGACUCGGCGGACGACAACUCGAAGACGAUGCUCGAGUUUGUGAAGGAGCUCGACGAGCUGCUGGCGCUCAGGGAGGAGUUUACCUUCAUCCUCGACGACCCCCUUGGUAAUGUAUACAUCCAGAACCCUUGCUCACACCUGCCUCCGCCAGACGACAUGGACCCGAAGCUGGAGAGAGAGGAGUACACCCGUACGGAGGAGCAGGACGAGGAGCUCGGCAUUUGUUCUAUGCGCCACAACGAGGAGCAGGCCAACAGUGAGAAGCCGGAGAAUGAGGCGGACCACGAGACUAAGGAAAAGGACGGAGCCGCAGAUGAGGAGCACGAGACCGAACAGUGA